AUGGGUCUGUUCGAAGACGAAGCGUACGACCAGUGGCCGUCGAAGAAGAACACGGUGCUCAAGAGCCAUGGGCGGCCGCCGUGGUACGGUCAGGACGGGAAGCGGAUCAGCGAUGCGUUUGUCAUCGGGAUUGCUGGCGGAUCGGCAAGCGGCAAGACCCACGUCGCGCGUCAAAUAGUGCGCUCGCUCGGGAACGUACCCACUGUCAUCAUCCUUUCUCAGGACAGCUUCUACAACGAGCUUGACCCCGAGCAACAUGCGCUUGCACACCAAAACCGAUUCGACUUCGACCACCCGUCCUCGAUCGACAUGCCCAUGUUCGCUGCUUGUCUAUCCGAUCUCAAGGCGUGCAAGCAGACUAAUAUCCCGAUCUACUCUUUCACGCACCACCAGCGUCUCAAAGAGACCAAGUACUUGUAUGGCGCGUCUAUAAUCAUCGCCGAGGGUAUCAUGGCCCUGCAGGACCCAGGUCUUCGGGAUUUGUAUGACCUCAAGGUGUUUGUCCAGUGCGACUCGGACCUGAUGCUCGCACGGCGCAUCCAGCGCGAUGUGAAGGAACGCGGACGGUCCGUCGAGGGUGUCCUGGAGCAGUACCUCCGUUAUGUCAAACCCGCGUUCGACAACUUCGUCCAGCCGACAUCCAAGUAUGCUGACAUCGUGGUCCCAGGGAGCAACAACAGCGUUGCCAUCGAGCUCAUCGCGACGCACAUCCGGCGGCAAAUGACAGGCCGAGCAUCGCGCUUCCGGAAGAGCAUGACCUGCAAGCCCAUCGACCCAGAAAGCGGCUCUGCGGUGCACCAUCCCAACCUUAUCGUCCUUAAGCAAACACCGCAAGUCAAGGGCAUAUACACGAUACUGCGAGAUCAAACGACGAAGAAGCAGGAUUUCGUGUUCUUUGUGGAUCGGCUUGCGACGUUCUUGAUCGAGAAGGCGAUGGAGCAUCUGCCGUACCGCCGGAAGGCGGUUGAGACACCUAUAGGAGCUGUGGCAGAGGGAUCGGAACUUGAUGUCAAGAACAUCUGCGGCGUGUCCAUCCUUCGGUCAGGGGGUCCACUAGAGAAAGGUCUCACGCGCGUCCUGAGCGACGUCCGCGUCGGCUCUCUACUCGUGCAGUCCGAUGUCAAGACCGGAGAACCGCUCCUGCUGCACGUCAUGCUCCCCGUCUGCGUCCGCGAGCGACAUCUCGCAGAAGACGCCUGGGUUUUCCUCCUCGACGCUCAGAUCGGCACCGGCGCCUCCGCCUUCAUGGCCAUCCGCACGCUCCUCGACCACGGCGUGCGCGAGGAGCACAUCAUCUUCGUCACUUUCCUCGUCGCGCGUUCGGGCGGUGUCGCCGUCCUCGCCCGUGCGUUCCCGCGCGUGCGCAUCGUGUGCGGCGCAGUCGACGAUGUUCUCCGCGAGACGUGGCUAGACGGGUACGAGCCCGGCGCGGGGCCCGAGGUACUCGCGGGCGCGCCGGGCACCGAGCUGUCGGUGGAUGCGGGGAGGAAAGCGUGGAUUAUGGAGCCUGGUAUGGGUCAGAUCGGCGACCGGUAUUAUCUCUAG